GUGGCGUUUGUAUCAGACACAUGUUUGUUCGCAUGAAUGACUCUACUUUAUUGAAUACGUCUGAACAUGUUUGUGGACUGACGGUUUGAAACCAGCUGGUAACCAAUAGCUGCAGAGGACACGCACAACAGACUGGAUGUUGAACUUUGACCUCUUUUCUCAGAAUUUCACAACGUGUGCGGGGCAGUGCUGAGCUGGAUUCUCUUUCACUGGUCAUUUUGUUGCAGCAAGGGAAGGAGAAUAAUUUCACCCGUGGCAAAAAUGUGGAAACCAUUGUCCUUUCUGAUCUCUGCCUACAUCUCAGUGCCUGUUGUUCUCUUCCUGUUCCCAUGGAUACUGGACUACGCCAUAUUUGCCCACUUGUUGAAGAUUCCAUUCUUCGUGGAUCUCAGUCGACCUGAAGACGUUCUGGACCACACGUGCAACUUCUACCUCAGCACGGACGAGGGCGUCUCAGUGGGAGUCUGGCAUACACUCCCUGCCAGCCAAUGGGAGGAGGCCGCGGGGAAAAGCCCCGAGUGGUACCGGGGGACGCUGGGAGACGGCCGUCCUGUUAUUAUCUAUCACCAUGGAAACGUAGGAACCAGGGCCAAAACAAACCGAGUAGAACUGUUGAAGCUCUUAAGUGCAGCAGAUUAUCACGUCUUGUCUUUAGACUACAGAGGUUUUGGAGACUCUAGCGGUGAGCCAAGUGAGGCUGGCUUGACCAGUGACGCCCUCUACCUGUACCAGUGGGUAAAGCAGCAAAACGGAGAGAGUUUUGUCUGUCUGUGGGGACACUCACUCGGCUCUGGAGUGGUGACAAAUGCUGCUGUGAGACUACAAGAACAAGGGUCCCCGGCUGACGCUGUAGUCCUCGAAGGGCCGUACACAAGAAUGAGAGAAGUCGUGGCCAUUCAUCCCCUCACUAAGUUGUGGAACUUCCUGCCAGGAUUUGAGAGCCUGAUUUGGCACAUUCUGGAAAAGAACAAUAUAGAAUUUGCAAAUGAUAAAAAUUUAAAGACUUUGACCAGUCCACUCCUUAUUCUGCAUUCGGAGGAUGACAACAUUGUACCGUAUCAGAUGGGUUUGAAGCUUCACCAGAUAUCCGUCCAGGCUCGGAAAGAACGCGACAUCGACGCUCCGGUGGAAAUGGUCUCCUACGACGCAAAUCUUGGCUACUCCCACAACCGCAUCUACUUAGACCCCAACCUGGCCAAUGUAGUCAGGGGUUUCCUUCAAAGGCUGAGACAGUAGAGUUAAGAAGAUGUAUGUCAUUUUCCCUGUUGUUGUUUCUGUACAUCAGACAGAGAUGAACGUCUAAAAAGACUGAAAUAAAAAGGCACUUGAUGUGA